GCGGUGGAGCCGGCGGUGGCGGGCCCCUCGGAGCCGGGCUCGGAGUCGGCGGCCGGCAGCGAGUCGGCGGGUUCUCCCCGGCAGCGGCGCUCCGUGAUCCGGGACCGCGGGCCGCUGUACGACGACCCGUCGCUGCCCGAGGGCUGGACCCGCAAACUCAAGCAGAGGAAGUCCGGCCGCUCGGCGGGCAAGUUUGACGUCUACUUGAUCAACUCGGAGGGGAAAGCGUUCCGGUCCAAGGUGGAGCUCAUCGCCUACUUCCAGAAGGUCGGCGACACGACCACCGACCCUAACGACUUUGAUUUCACCGUCACCGGGCGCGGGAGCCCCUCCCGCCGCGAGAAGCACCCCCCCAAGAAAGCCAAGGUGGUGAAACCCUCGGGGCGCGGCCGGGGGCGGCCCAAAGGCAGUGGAAAGAUGCAGCAGGCUACCGAGGGCGUGGCCAUGAAACGUGUGGUUGAGAACUCCGGCAAACUGCUGGUCAAGAUGCCCUUUGGCAAGGCAGAGUCCUCCCCCGGCCCCGCCUCCACCGCCACAAAGGUGGCGUCUCCGGUUCCCAAGUCCCGUCCCGGGAGAAAGAGGAAAUCCGAACAGGAACUCCCGGCCCCGCCUCAGACCACCCCUAAGAAACGGGGCAGGAAACCAGCCUCGGCCUCUGCGGCGUCACCGGUUGCCACGGCACCCACCUCCGCUCCAUCGACCUCCGGCGGCUCGGCGGCCGCCAGCUACGCCGCGGCCGCCAUCUUGGCCGCGGAAGCCAAGCGGCGCGCGGCCAAGGAGUCGUCGGCCAAGCUGGUGGUCCAGGAAACAGCCCUGCCGAUCAAGAAACGCAAGACGAGAGAGACCGUGGAGGAGCGGGAGGUCGCCCCGACCCCGCCCGCCACGACGGCCGAGACCGAGAGACGCGUGGCCGCGGAGGCGGAGCCGGGUAAGGCGGAGGAAGCUCCGCCCUCGGAGCCUCAGCCCGCGCCGUCUGAGAGGAGCCAAUCACAGACCCAGAAGCAGCCGCCUGCUUCGGACGAAAGCCAACCGCACGGACACAAGGCGCACAAAGGCCGGAAGCACAAGGAGAAAUCGGGACUAGCCGCCGGGGACGGACGGAGCCGAGGACAGGAAGUCGGGGAGGACGUCGGAGACAAGGGAGCGGAGGGGGGACGAAGUAGCAGCAGCAGCAGCAGUAGCAUUAGCACGUCAAAAAGCCACAAAAGGAAGGAGCGGCCGCCUCACAAACACCACCACCACCACCACCACCACCGCCACCAUCGCCACCAACAUUCCUCAGCGUUGGACCCUCCUCCCCCCCCUCCCCCCCCUUCUCCCCCCCCUGCGGCCUCUGGACCCCCAGCCCCCCCUAGCCAGUCCAGACCGGACGUCAAGCCGCAGACUGUGCCUCAGCUCACCGCCCAGCACCCCCAGCAAGCUCCUCCCAAACCGCUAUCCCAGUCCACGUCUGAAUCCCGGCAUCCACCCCCUCCGCCACGCGCCCCACCCCACCCCCCGCCCCCGCCCCGUUCCCAGCAGCAUCCCCAGUCCCCCAGCCAGCCCCAGGCCAAGCCUCGAUACCCAGCGUCCCAGCCCUCUCCUACCAGGCAUGUCUUGCCCAGCCGCGGUCCCAACAACCCCCCACUACCACCACCACCACCACACCCCCCCCAAACCCACAGUCACACCCAGGCCUCCCUCCACCAAACCCAGCCUCAGCAUGCUCCACCUCAGUCCCCGUCCAUCCUGCACGUUCAUCCGCCCCAAGCAAGGCAUCCACAUCCGCAAACCCAGUCCCCCGCGGUACUCCAACCUCAAACCCAGCCCAAGUACCCACCUCAGCACCAGGUCCAGCUCAGACACCAGUCUCAACCCCACCCGCGCCAGUCACAGCCGCCUCAGCUCCACCCACAGGCCAGGACCGCAGCCCAGCUUCAGACUCAACUGCAGCCCAGAACCGCACCCCAAACGCCGCCUCAAGCCCAAUACAGAAUCCCAGUGCAACCUCAGCCACAGUCCAGAUCCCCCGCCCAAACGCAGCCUCCACCCCAGUCCAGAAACGCGGCCCAAGCUCUGACUCGGCCCCCGUCCAGGGCCGCAGUCCCACCUCACCUGCAGCCCCGGGAUCCAGCGCAGCCCCAACCCCAGAUGAGACCCCCAUCUCAGCAGCACCAUCCCCAGACUCAAUACAGACAACAGCCCAGACAGUCCGCCUCGCAGCCAAGGCCGCCGCAGUCCCAAGCACAACCGCACCACCCACACUUUCAGCGGGUCCAAGCGCACCCCCGUCCCCAGCUCGGCAGGCCCCACGUUAACGUGCAGCACCCCUCGUCGCACCGACCGUCCCCAGCGACCAGGACCAACCUGGUCACCGUGCAGCCGAACCAGAGCGAGCAGCCCCAAGAUCUGAGCACCACGCGGCCCGGCCGGGGGGGCGUGCCGCCGGGCCGAGAGCUCGGCGUGGAGGGCGUGUGGGCGGAGGGGAGGAGGGAGCCCGCAGCCGCCGCCGCGACGUCGGAAAGCAGAGAGGGUUUAACCGGAGAAAGGGGGUCCAACAGCAACUCGAGGCCUCCCAGCGCCGCGGCUUCGGCGCCCCGGGGGCAGCCGGCGCCGGGGGCGGGCUCGUUCCCGGGGCCAGGCUCCGGGCGGAGCCGGACGCGGCGGGGGAGGGCCGGAGCUCAGAGACAUCGUCCCGCAGUCCGCCGUCCCCUGUCCCAGCCGGGAGGAAACAGUAGAGUCACGGACUGCCGUCAGCGAGAGGGUGAGCUGAUUGGUCGGCGCGACGAGCCGGCGGAUUGGUCGGUAGACCGGCGGAGCGUGACCGGGCUGUUCACCGAGGUUAACGAGUCGCUCGAUGGAUGGAUGGCGCUGGCGGGACGGUCGCAGCUUCACCUCCGUCUCACUCCGUCUGGAGACUCUGUAAAAGUGGCGCCGAGGGACAGCUGGAGACGAGAGGACGGAUAGUGUCUUUUUUUUUUUUUUUUUUUUAAGGAAAAGGAAAACCCGAUUUUAAAAAAACAAAGUGUGUGUAUAUAUAAUCAAAAGGCAGCUGUUGUGUCCCGCUAGUCUCCGAGGGGAGUAGGGGGGGGGGGGAUAGUUUGGAUCUAAAAACUCAACGCUUAACAACACAUUACUCUGAACAAAAUGUUGCUUCCGGAAUAUAAUCUGUUUUCUUUCUUGUUUUCCGUAUUUUGACAGUAUGUUUUGUCUCUGUUAUGCAGCUUUAAACUCUGAUAUUAUGGACUGAAGGUCCUCGACUCAUCGCCGUGCUGCUGACUGACGUCUCAUUUACAGUCCUGAACCCCCCCAAAGAGAGGCGAAGCUCCUCCCCUUGCAACCUCAUUUUGUAAAGAAUAUAUACGACGACGGUGAACGGGAAGAGACCCCCCGCCCCCCCCCCCCCCGCCCCGUGUGACUUGAGGCGUGAAAUCCACACACGAUGUUCGCCAGUUUAAUGCUAAUUCAGAGAGUGAAGAACGUCAGUCGUAGGGUUGCCGCAGUAACACUUAUGCCGUUUUCCCAUAACGUGGUACCUGCUCGGCCCUGUGACAAUCGGAGCCAGUGUGGUCAAGACCACAUAAACCGACACCAAGUCCUACCGGGACCGGGCCGGUGGGAGUCCCACCCUUCACGACAUGUAUCAUGUAGGAAAUGCGAACCAUAGGCGCUCCUGCUCUGAUCUGGAAGAUCCACGUUCCCCUAAAAACAGCCACAGAAAACACAUUAAGAUUCUUCUUCGUUUACUUCAUUUCCAUAAGUGCAUCAUGAGAGUGUGCCUUGAUAAGAUAAUCCAGAGGAAGUGGUGGUCUUGACCGGUUUUCAAAAUAAAAUCAGAGACAAAGGUAAAAAAUGCACCCGACUCUGAGACAAGUCAAAAAAGUGGACAGAUUAUCGUACUCUGGUGUUUCCCCCCUCUCAUUCCCCUGCUCUGGUGUUUCCCCCUCU